UUUCUUGAUUUUUUGUUGCCCUUUUUACUUCAUUUCCAGGGCCCUUUUUCCUUAUUGUUAGGUGGUCUUUUUGUUGUUUCUUGCUGUUGCAGUUGGUGAUGCUUAGUUGAUUAUUUAUUUGGUGAUGUUUUGUGAUUUUUUUCUAUUAUAUGAUGUUGAUUCUGAUUAUCUGAUUCAUGAGAUUGCUAAUUUAGUUACAGUUUGCAUCUGUGGGGAGAAAAAUUCAUUCUUGAUUAUCCUGUCCAACUUGUUAGCUUAAUCCCUCUCUCCUGAAAUUCAUGGGCAAAAACUGUACCUUUUAGCUUUUCUUGGCUCUGAUUACAUAAGUUUUUUAGAAUGAUGUUUGGUUUGAUUGUGUCUUGUAGCUUCAAUUUCACACACAAACACACACAUAGAGAGAGAGAGAGAGGUAGAGAGUGAAAGGUGGGGGUACUGGGGAGAAGAGGAUAAAAGAAAGGGUUUUAGAUUCCAGAUGUCUUGUUUACCUAUAAUUGUCAGCCUGUGAUAAUGUAGAAGUGGGGUUUUCUUUAUAUCUUGUUUCUACCUACUAACCUCGGGGGUGUAUACGAUGGAGCGCGGUUUAGUUGGUAUGACGCUUCUCUUCCAUCCAAUAGGCCGCGGGUUUAAACCACCAUGGGGUGGAUAGGAACCAUUACUAAUGACGUAGGAUGGUUUACCAUGUGCAGCAAGACACUUGGCUCUUUUCCUAUUGAUGGAGUAUAAUAAGCAUGUGCAAAUGGAUUACAUAUAAGUGACAAUUGAGUCUACAUAUUUGUAGUACAUAUUUUUGAUUUGGCUACUUUUGUUUGUUUGCAGUUUUUAUUAGAACCAUUAUCUCGUUAAGAAAAGAUUUUUGGAAAUGCUCUGAAUCCUUAUAUACCUCUAGCUAUUGCCGUAUGAACUAGAUUGCUCAUUGCUUUUCAAGAACUGACCUUGUCUAGUUGUUUGAAACCAUUGGAUGUGUUCUUGAUGGACCUAGCUAGGUAGAAUGUCAGGCUUUUAGUCUUUCGUCGUGUUUGCUUUCUGGCUAAUGUAGAAAACUUGGGAUUUUGCGUAGAUUCAGGCUAAAGGAUGUAUUCUUGAUGUUUAUUGAUCGACCUAGCUAGGUAGAAUGAGGGGUUGAGGUUCAGGAUAAAAAUGGCGGUUUCAUCUUACCCGACUCCUGCAGACGCUGGAGUGCUCUGCGUAAUCCUGGCUAACACCGCCAUCUCCAUCACCAUCUUCAAGGAGAUCUUCCGCUCCAUCCUACAUGUCAUCGGCAUUCACAUAUCCUCGUGGGAGGACUUCUCGGUGGAGCCCUCAAACUCUGGUGAGUGCUGCAGACGCCCCUCGGAGUCUUACGUGGAGGAGUUCAGGAGCCGCUCGCCCUCAAUGCAGUACGACUCGGUCUUCAUCUGCCCAUGCCCCAAGCAAGAGUGCUCCAUCUGCUUGACCGAAUUCGAGCCCAAGGCAGAGAUCAACCAGCUCUCCUGCGGCCACGUCUUCCACAAGCCAUGUCUCGAGAAGUGGCUCAACUACUGGAACAAGACGUGCCCUCUCUGUCGGAACUACAUGAUGCCACAGGAAGCCGAGGACGCCUCCUCCUGCCCCAUGUGAGGUAGAAUCUACGUCGUGUGUACAGCAUAGGAAACGAGAAGUAUCCAUUAGAAUCACGAAGAUCGUGUAGUAGUCCGAUGCAUAUAUUUAAGCUGCCAGUAUUCUGCGUCCUCUUUGUAGCGACGGGUCAGCACGACGUUUAUCCGUGUUUGUAUAUAUUAUGGGAAGCUUUCAAGAACUUUUGAGCCAUUAAACAUCUGAUAAAUUGAUCAUUUUCGAUUA